AUGGCUAAGGUCCGACACCUCACCCUCCUCUCCACGUUCGCAUUCGUUCUCCUUUAUUUCAUCCUCAUCCGAGUCACAUUCACUUCCUCUGUCCUGCAAGGUUUUGAAGUGCAGUUACAGGUCUCGUCGGUCGAAUGGCCCCGCAUCCAGGAAAUUCACCCUGGCGCUGGUGCUGUCAAAGUUCUAUUGAUCGCCUAUGAACGUUCCGGAUCGUCUCUUGCGGGGGAACUCCUCACUCUGGCACCUGGUUCUAGGUACUAUUUCGAGCCCCUCUUCUUCGCAAAGGAUAUGCACCAGAUGCACAGGUUACAGGAUUUCAGCCGACUCUCCCUCUACCUUCUGGAGAGCAUAUUCAACUGCAGCUUGGAUGCCGUUGACCGGCUCCUCCCUCUCUCGCGGAGCAACCCGAUUUGGAAGGAGAAGUACUACAGUCUUCCGCCCUGCAAUGGGAUCGAUCAACCCCAAGUGGCGAAGGUGAUUCGUUUCCAGUUUGACCACGAUGCUCUGGGAUGGCUACGGUCCAGGCAUGACAUCAAGGUGGUGCACUGGGUCCGAGACCCUCGCGGGAUGCUCAACUCCAUCUUGAGGGCAUCUCCAGGCGAGGACUUCCAGGCGGAUCCGUGGCUUUUGUGUGAUCGUAUUGGGCGGGACAUCCUCGCCAUCGAUAGCCUUCCCUCAGAUCAAUGGCGAAGGGUGAGUUACGAGGAGCUGAUGUCAGACCCGAUCGAGGUCACACGAGGCCUAUACCGCUUCCUGGGGAUUCCGUGGCCAUCAGACGGCGAAAAACAAGUCCUUACCCACUUUGCACCUGAUCCACAGUCCAUGGCGUCCACGAAAGGUUAUUACAGCACGUACAGGAACGGGUCCGCGUUUGACCCUCACCACUGGAAACAGGAAAUGGACGAGGUAGAGAUCGCCCUCACUGAACGGGAUUGCGGGGCUGUGAUGGAUGCACUCGGGUACCAGAGAGAGGUGGUGACAGGGCCCCUGCGCGUGGACGAGGUCGAGGACGCGCUGGAGAGAGUUCAAGGGAUAUUCCCUGGGAAGUGGCUUCCUUUCCUUUGGGAAGUCUAG